UGCCAUUGAAAACAAGCCGCUCUUCUCUGCGCUUUAGACGCGAACGCGGCGCUGACAUGUCCCGCGCGCGAGGGGGGUGACGCGGGCACGGUCCCCGCAGCGGCGCGUGCGGAACAGAGAGCGGCGCGGUCCCGAGCGUCACACGCAACAGCGACUCCCUCCCCGAAAGUCUCGGGCCUCGCGCUCCGACAUGAAACUCGCCUCCGAUUGACGUCACCGAGCCAUCUCUGUCCGGCUAAUCCGAGGCGGCUGCUCCCAUCACGCCUUCAUUACCGCACAGGGCUCUGACCGCGCCGGGCUCCGCUCCACAGCCUCCCAGGUGCCGCGUCGUAGAAGUAGGCCGAGCUGAUAAUACAAAAUACAAAAAUAAGAGAGAAUAAAACCAGCGCGGGGUUUCUCUGUAGCGAAGGGGUACGCCAUCUCAGUGGGAGACACGAGCCAGUGCUCCUCCUCGGCUAUAUAGGCAGGGGAGCGCCACGACAACCAACCAACGGCUGCCAGAGGCUAGAGAGGAGCGCAGAAGGCACAUCCACAUCCACCUGCCACUCGCCUCGCCCGCGCUCACGCUCGCCAGUCCGGCUCUCAGCACCGCCGUCGAACCAGCCCGAUACCACAAGCAUGUCUGCCCCAGCAGCUGGAGCCCCCGGAGCAGAGGGAGGGAAUCAACCUCCCAACCUCACCAGCAACCGCCGUCUGCAGCAGACACAGGCACAAGUGGAUGAGGUGGUGGACAUCAUGCGUGUAAACGUGGACAAGGUUCUGGAGCGUGAUCAGAAGCUGUCAGAGCUGGACGACAGGGCCGACGCCCUGCAGGCUGGAGCGUCUCAGUUCGAGACCAGCGCUGCAAAACUGAAGAAUAAAUACUGGUGGAAGAACGCCAAGAUGAUGAUUAUCCUGGGUGUGAUAUGUGUGAUUGUCCUCAUCGUCAUUAUUGUGUACUUCAGCACCUAAGAAGAGUCCGUCCUACCCCAGUCUGAUCCCAGCGUCCUUGCUACAAAAAUGAAAAAACCCUCAAAUUGAUGACAAAAUUAACCACAGAAAAUUAAUGUACUAUAUAUAUAUACAUAUAUAUAUAUGUAUCUCUCCCUGGUUAGCCUCGAUAUAACACCCCUAAACCCCUUCAGGGCCCCAUGGCUCCCCCACUUCCACCACCUCCCCGCCGGACCCCUGUCAAUAUUUGUCCUGUGAGUGUGUGGCCCCGUCUCCUUUCUGGGUCCUCUCGGCUUUUCUAACCCGCCGUGCCGAGAACCAAACACUUGUGGCGAUGCAACAACAGAAAAGGAAACAACGAUUGGCGAUAAUUGUUACAUAACUGAUAUAUAUAUAGUUCUUUGUAGAGUUUUAUUCUGAUAUAUAUACUGUUUUGUAGGUGUGUGUGCGUGUGUAUGUGUGUGUGUGCAUUUUGUAUUUUUUAAUUUUUGUAUUAAUUUUACGUAUUGCUUCAGCGUUAACUACUGCCUAAUAAUCAAAGUGUGCAUCUUGCAUGUUCUCAUCAUCCGUCUGUCCCCCGGCUUAUUCUCUCUCUCUCUCUUUGGUGUAUUUUUGCACAGUGGAGUCGGUCUCCGUUUAGCUAACGAAAUACUGAUUCAUUUGCAGAUCCAUCUGUAUCACUCGUGUCCACUGAUAAGCCAGAGGGCUAAAACUUGAGCCGAGAAAAAAUGUCAUGAAGUUACAGAAAUCGGUGCUUCUCCUCAGACAAAACGGCCCCCAGAACUCCCCAGGUUACUGCGGCUGCACAUUUCUAUAACUUGAUGCCUUCGAACGUUCAAGUCUUAGCUUCUUUAAUGACUUCUCUCAGAGAGUUAUCGCUCGUUGAUAUUGAUCAACCGUACAAAAAAAAUGCAUGAAUCGUCAAACUAAUCCCCAGUAACCAUCUUCCCCAGUUCUUUCCACCUGACCCUCCGAAUUAUCGGGGUCAUUUCUCCACAUUUCGUUGACAUCAACUGUAAUAACUUUCAUCUCACGACUCUUUAACUCUUCUGUCUCUCCGCAUGCUUUGAACACCUCGACCUCUUCUACUAAUUUCAAAACUGCCAUAGUACCAGAUGGACCAAUGUCUGUAGAUGUUUGUUUUUUAUUUAAAUGUUACGUAGUGUCUUAUUUCGAAAACAUUCCUUCAUUGCAGUCUAGUGCAAAUGCUAUUACUGUAGCACAUGUAAUUGUAAGUAUCUUUAAAAAAAAAAAUAAUAUACAUGCGAUGAAACUUGUCGAAAACGUUGGUCAUACAAACCAUAGGAAGAAAAAAAAAAGUUAUAGUUAAUAGCUGUAAGGGUUAGUUAUGGAUAGACGGGAUUAGACUUUCAGUCUUUCCAAAUUAUUAUUAUCUUUUUCUAAUGUCCGUGGUGUUAUCCGAACAUCACACUUGCGGUAUACUGUGGAGAUGUUAUUAAAUGAUAAAAGGUGGAUAUGUGCUUACCAAACAAUUCUUAUGCCAGGGGAUACAAACAGGGCCAUUGCAUAAAUUGCCAGUUGCUUAAGUUGCAUCAAAAAGUUGAUUCUCUCUGGCCCAUUACCUAUGUCAACACUGAAAAGCCUUAGUCUCCAGUCACCUUCGUUAGUUACUGUAGUUUUCUUGCAGUCAGACACGCCCUCACACUUUUCAGUUUAGUGUCGCAGGAGUGGCUGACUGCAGAAAAGGAAAAUAUAAUGCACAAAACAACCUUGUUUUUGAUGGCGCUGUCUAGCUGGUCGAUAGCCUGGCCAAAGCAGAUCCUCCUGCAGCAAAACCUCUCCACACGAAGAGCACAGAGACAAAUGAGAAAAAAAUGACACUUCAGCCUUAAUUUGCAAAUCCAGGAACAGGGACAGAGGCUAUCAUGAGGGAAAAAUGUCAAAUUCACAGUUGAGUUAUUAUUUUUGGGGCGGUCCGUUAACUUCGGGGUAAGUUAGUGACGAGAAAUGGGAGAAGCAAUUGUUUCCUGACGAAGAGUGUCCUGCCAGUGCAGUGGUUCUGUCUCAGUGUUUCUCCCUAUAGUUAAGGCCUUUUUUUCUUUUUCUUUUUUGAAUACAAUAGAUUCUAUUUUUUAUUAUAGUAUAUUUUUGUGUGAAACAGACAGGUGAAGAGGAAAGUGUGCGAUCAGUACCACUUUGCCGCCAACAGCGGCGAGCUCCUCUUUGCCUCUUGGUCUGCUGUGUUUUUUGUAAUUCAGCUCCAUGUGUUAUACACUGCCAAACAACAAGGGGAGAGGCUUCGAUUGUUACUGCAGUUAUUUCUUUUCAUCGGUGCCCGCACUGGUUUGGUCUUGACUUAUUGUUUGACUUCUUUUCUUGGCGUCCUCUCCUGUGUGUCUUUUCUACCCCCCCUUUUCGGCUACUUCAUGAGCAGGAGAGCACUUGGUUUUUAAUGGUUCGGUCAAAGUCAGGCCUCGAUGGGAAGACACACACCUCAAAGGUCUGUUUAUUCACAGGGGUUUGCCUGUGGUUUGAUGCGUUAUCUGAUCAAAUUAGGUUUUUCGUGAAAAGGGAGGAUUGAAGGGUCUGAAGUGAUAACAGGAUGAGACCCAGCUCCUGCUUUGCUGGAUUUGUCAAUGGUCAUAAAAUGUAUCAAUUCAGCUGUUAGAAGGUGGAGUACAGGCUGUGGUCACCAGAAGGCUGUAGAGACCACGAAUCAGCUGCAAUAUUCCUGAUCAAGUGCGUGUCAAGCCUAAGUAGCCUCGCCUCUCUUCUAACUUUCUAUCUUCCCCACGUGCUGAGUGGACCAGCCCGGCCCCCUUUACUCAACCCAGUGAUUCAGAAUCCUACAGUGUGUGUGUGUGUGUGUGUGUGUGUGUGUGUGUGUGUGUGUGUGUGUGUGUGUGUGUGUGUGUGUGUGUGUGUGUGUGUGUGUGUGUGUGUGUGUGUGUGUGUGUGUGUGUGUGUGUGUGUGUGUGUGUUAGAAUAGCUCUGUCUCUGGAAUAUCCCUGGUUUAUCCCGACAGAUUAGGCCGCUUAAAUCUCAGAGUGAGGGCACGUUGUUACCUUGACCACUUGAAGUACACGAGCAGAGAGGUCGCAGAUCUGCCAGCCGGUCCUGUCGGGACGAAGGACCCCCGACCCCGACGAGCCAACUCUUCCUCCCUGCUUCCCCGACAUGUUUUCCCUCUAAAAUAAGAGCGAGAUUAGACUGCAGAAGAUUACCAAAGACCAGAUUUCCAUGCUUACGCUGCCAACUGCCAUCAAAAACAAGCACAGAGAAACAGGUUACUCGAGCUGUCCUGGUCUGUGUUAAACAGCUUAUGCCCUUAAUGAAAAUCUAUCCACAAUUACAGGACCUUUUAACGAUCACACACCGUUCGUACGGUGUGCCAGUUUGGCUUGUGAGUGUGCCAUUAUGCAAGUUAAACCAAAAACAUAGGGACCGCACGCUUCAAAUAAGACAAAGACAGUCUCCCCACCAUGUGUAUCCAGGUCCGAAGAGCCUCUUCGAUCUGGAACAGGUUUUUAGACACAUGAUCCUAUAACUAAUAAUAGCACAACUCUUCUUUUUUUCUGUCUCCAUAGUGCUGCUAAGUUUUAAAAACGAAAAGACAUGUCAAACAAACUACAGCUAUUAGACAUAAACCAAGAAAAAUAUUGUAUAAAAAAAAAAAAACUACAUUGUUUGGUGUUGUAAUAUGGGGGUGUUUUGGGGGGUAGGGGGGUCCUAUAUCCUCAGGUUUAAAGGUUUUAGCAAUUUACCAAAAUAUAUAUAUGAGGACAAAAACUAUAUUAGAAAAUUGUAAAUUGUUUUUUUUUUGACAAUAGAAAAACCAUUAUGAGGUUACGAAGGUGGUCCUUUUAGCCACACAGUGGACUGAAGUGAAGCAACACUACUGAUUGGGGUAGGACUUCUGUGUCAUCCGUUAAUCCAAUUGUUGUCCUGUGAGCGCUCAAACCAACUUGGUCACGGUGUUGAAAAUGAAGUGAGCGCUCUUCUUUUUUUUCUGUUGCUUUGCUGUCUGUUUGAAAUGAAGUGCGCAUAUAUUUUAACACCGUGGCACUUUUUUUUUUUUCCCCUGUUGUGAUUCGAAGAUUGUGGAGGGAUGGGAACACGUAAUUUCGAUGGAGAAUAUUGUUUUACGUCAACCUCGAGAAUUGUUCAGUGAUCUCAACUAAAAGCUGCGUUCAGGUCAUUCGGUGGUCAUCCGCAAUGCAAAGUUGCCAAUUCUUUCCCUCCCGGGUUCGAAUUACAACCGAUGAGCUUGUGAUUCAAACUUGGAAGGACCCAAGCGGAAAAGGAAGAGAGCAACAGAGGCUAUGAAAUCUUCAACAAAGCGUUGUUUGAUAUGUACAAUGUGGGGAAUGUUCCCCUGACGCUUCCUGUUAGCACCUAAUGGGAUGAACGCAGCACGAGGAGGGAACCUUAUGAGUCGCUGAAUGUUCCCUAGAUGGCUGUAAACAUGUAAUAUUCAACUUCACACAUCAAAUGUUUUAUUUUGAACCAAAAUGUUGUUUUUUCUUUUGCAUCAAUUUGGUAAUAACUCCAGAUGUCACUGAAUUGUUUGUGUGUAAGCACUGAUGGGUAAAGGUAAAGUAAAUGGGGGGUUAAUGUGGGGGGGAAAGUAUUUUUACCUUCAAUUGUCCAGAAUGCUUAGAAUGAUUCUACAGUUUACAUCAGAUUGCUGUUUGUAUCUAUGAGAUAUAUAUUUUUUGUUUGAAACUGUUUAUUUUUGAGGAGAGUUUUUGAUUUCUCUUUGGGACUGGGGUACCUGGGAUUGGAGGUCCAUAUUGCCCCUGUUUGUCUGGCCUCACAGGAGGGACAGGACCGGAGGAUCAUGGUCAAUGUGCCCAGUUUGAUCGGAUUUCUUUCUUUUUUUGGUUUUGCUUUUUAUUUAUUGAUAGAUUUAUUGUGCUGUCAUUUGGUAUGGGAUUAGAAACUAAACAAGGUUGACUCGACGUAAAGGAGAGGAGACUGAAUGAAAAAUUAAAGUGCAUAAAAUAAUUGUAGUGUAAAUCUAUCAAUGUCUUAUUAUAUUGAUGAACAUCAUGAAAUAUAUGUAUAUUGGAAAAACA